UCAUUUAAAAUGAAGAGCACUUUAAUUUAAAGAGGAUUGUCCUAAUAGGCUCUCCGUACUUCUGAGUUUGCACAUGUGCAGUGUGGAAGUUUGAUCAUCCGCCAUUUUCAACUGAGAUUUGCAUGUGCUUAGUAUCCUGGAUAGAAUCCAUCGCCAUCUGAGGAUUAUUUGGUUGGUUAGCUAGUUCUGUCUCUCAAUAGAUGCAACAAAAGUGGCUCAGAUGUGGUUGUUUUAAAUAUGGAAGUGCAGACAGUGUGCUGAAAGUGUUUUGACAAGGUACCAAUUACUAAAGCAUUACAGAUUAAAGCAUGGCCAUUAUGGUCAAAGACACUCAUAUCCAUGCACAUACUAUGAAUGCCCUUGUUCAUUUAAAACAUGGAAUGCUCUCAAAACACAUUUGAGUCAAUGUCAUAUUGAUUCUUCAAGUAGAUCAGGAGAAACAGUUAUCUUUACAUGCUCCUUGUGUCCUGGAAGCAAACUGAUAUCAGUUAAAGAGUAUUUCUCCCAUAUAAACAACCAUCUUAAGUGUUUUGAGACAGUCACUUGUAUCUUUCAAAACUGUUCAUUUCAAAAUAAUAUAUAUGGUACUUUCAAAUCGCAUAAGAAUAGAAAACAUGGAAAUUGCACAGAAAAAGACUUUAAACCUGAAGUUUUGAAAGGGUUUGUAAAUGAAGAUCAGCUAUCUGAGGAACACUUAACAGAUGAUAGAGAAAAUCACUCUAACUCCAGUGGUCCUAGUUUUGUUGAAGCUGAAAAUGAGAACUUGCAGGAAACCAUAAUUAGGAAAUUUGCUGCUGUCUUGCUCAAAUCAGAGAUUUUUUCACAUGUACCCAGCUCUGCCAUUGAUGAAUUGUUGGAAGAAUUACACUUCAUUUUUACUUCCGCUGUAGUGCCCAUUUCAAACACAACCGCUGUUGAGGUAUUCAGGAGGCACGAAGUUCAGGCUGACUUUCAAAUAAUUAAUGAAGUUAACCUUGCCAUUAAUGCAAAUAAUCCUGUGGUGAAAGCUAUAGCGAAGGGUGGUCCGCUUUCCACCUCAUUUAAACGUAAACAAUAUUAUAAAGAAUAUUUUGAAGUUGUGGAACCUGUUGAGUAUAAACUUGAAGCAUAUUCCAAUAAGACUUUUCAGUAUGUUCCCCUGCUGAAGUCUUUACAUCAGUUACUUUGCCGUAAAGAUAUAAUUGAUAAGCUUGUUGACAACUACACAACCUGCCUUGAAAGUAAUAACCAAUACACUUGUUUUCAAGAUGGUGAAUAUUACAAAAUAAAUCCUUUUUUUUCUAGUGAAGUUUUGCAGAUCUCUCUGUGUUUAUAUGUAGAUGAUUUUGAAGUUUGCAAUCCAUUGGGAACAUUACGCAAGAAACAAGCUUUGUGCUGUAUGCUGGACUUUUGGUAACUUGCCCCCUGGUAGCAGCUCAGCCCUUUCAUCAAUCUAUUUAGCACUGCUGUGCAAAGUGGAUUUUGUCAAAGAACACGGCUAUCAAAAACUUUUUGAGCCACUGUUGCAUGAUCUAGUAACUUUAGAGCAGGAAGGUGUUUUUAUUCCACAGCUUGGGUCAUUCAUUAAAGGGACAGUUCAGUGCGUUAUAGCUGAUAAUCUUGGGGCUCAUGGCCUAGCUGGAUUUAUUGAGAGUUUCUCAGGAAAAUACUUUUGCCGCUUUUGUACAGCUCAGCUUUCAGACAUCCAGAAGCUCGAAGUGAAAUCAGGAGUCUUUGACCGCGGGACCAAGGAGGUUCAUCAGUUGCACAUUAAAACCUGUGAGGAAAAAGGGGUAAGCUGCUUUGGUGUAAGGACAGGAUGUGUUUUAACUAAGAGCUUAUCUCACUUUAAUGUGAUAAGUGGAUACCCACCUGACAUUGUCCACGAUCUAUUCGAAGGCAUAGUUCCUGUUGAACUGGCAAAGUGCAUUGCAGUGCUAAUAUCUAAAAAGUUAUUUACUCUUCAACAUCUGAAUAAUCUCAUACUGUCUUUUCCCUACAAAUGUGGGGAUAAAACUAACCGUCCUCAUGUGUUACCCAAAAACCUGCAGCAGAAGCACACAAUUGGUGGGAAUGCACAUGAAAAUUGGUGCCUUCUUCGAUUACUUCCACUAAUUGUUGGAAAACUUGUUCUUAUUGAUGAACCUGCAUGGCAGGUGAUAUUGUAUUUGAAAGAUAUUGGAGAUUUGGUUGUGGCAAAUGUUCAUACUUUAGAAUCUAUUGCAUAUCUGGAGUGCACAAUCUCAGAUCAUCGUAAAUGCUACCAAGCACUCUUUCCUGAUCAAAAGUUGUUGCCAAAACAUCAUUUUCUGGAGCACUAUCCUGAAAUGAUUAAAUGUUUUGGUCCUCUUGUAUCAUUAUGGACUAUGCGGUUCGAGGCCAAACAUAGCUUUUUUAAGCAGGUUGUUAGGCACAUACAUAAUUUCAGAAAUGUAACAUUUACACUGGCAAACAAGCAUCAGCUAAUGGUUGCUUAUAAUUUGCUUCGCCCUGACAAUGAGAAGUCUUCAUUGGAAGUUUUGCAAACCUCAAGAGUCUCAAUUGAUAUCCUUCAUGAUGAUGUUGUGAACUCGCUUGUACAGAAGCACCCAGAAAUCUCUGAAAUAAACCUGGCCCAAAGUGUCACUGUCAAUGGUAUCAGAUAUAAAAAGGGCAUGAUAGUUGUACAUGGAUCCUGUGGUGGUCUUCCAGGAUUUUCAGAAAUAAUGCAGUUGUGCAUUAUUAAAGACGAGUUGACUUUUAUUGUUAAAGAACUCAACUUCUAUUAUAGAGAACAUUAUCGAGCCUUUGAGUUGCAUCCAACAAGAGAGUUCGCAGCAGUUGAUCAGAAGGAACUUGCUGACCACUAUCCAUUGGCUGAAUACAAAGUUGGAUCACUACGAAUGGUAACCUUAAAAAGAUUUGUACAUGUUGCUGAAUGAAAACAAGAUGGCUGCAACUUUAAGAAUCAUUCUUGGAGAGGACAACGCAUCGAAAUUAUCUCUUCCCAAUGGGAUACCCAGUUCACUAGAGUACCUCAAGGAAGAAAUUAGAAGGCAGUUUGGUUUGACUGGAAACUUCAGGCUUCAGUACAGAGACAUUGAAUUUGACAAUGAGUUUGAACUUGACACUGCCUUCAGAAAUCAAAGACAAGUCCACAGUUAAAGUUGUUUACUUGCCAGUUGAGUCGGAUGAAGUCUCUCUCAAUGCCACACCCCGGGAAAGAGAUGACUGUUCCACCCCAUGUUCACUAGCUGAUACAGACAUUCUUUCUUCUGCUGAAUCUACCUCCUCAGAUUCUUCACUGAGAUCACAACCAUGGCCCUUGAAAUUCCAAAUACCUGAGUUUAGUUAUGAGGUGCAGUUUCAGUUAGAACAAGGAAACCAAGCCUUCCUUAACAAUGGUACUCUUCUGCAUCCAAGUACCAAACUCAAAUCUGAUAUAUUGCAAAGUUUGGCAUCAGAAAUGGCCAAAUACAAAAUCUAUCCUUCCAGCGCAGAAUUUGAUAAUGUAGCGGAUGCCCUGAUAACAAAAUAUCCAUGCUUAAAGGAGCAAGGUUCAGUCACUGGCUAUUAUGGAUGGAAAAUCAGCCUGAAAUACAAAAUGGCAAACUAUCGAACCAGACUAAGGAACAUCGGCUGCCAAGAGCUGACCAUUAAUUCAGUGAAAGAAAAGCGAAGUGUCAUGGGUCCAGGUCCCAACCAGGUGAAGAAGCCACGGAAGGCAGAAGUCAACUUCUGUCCGGAUUAUCCACCAGGUGAAACUAAAGAGAGCCUUGAGGAAGAAAGGAAAGCUCUUCUACUAGAGGUCAAAAAGAAGAAUAAUGAUCAACUAAUAAAAAGAAAAAUGGAAAAAACCUUUGCCUACCGAACACAGGAAAUCAUCAAAGACAUGCCAUUCAUUACAGAGGUCAAAAACAGAUGGCCUGCCCUGUUUUCAGAGACUGAGGUUGUUGCAGAGUUCACCCACAUCACCAUGGUCCCUUUGUUGUCGACUUUCAUGGCCAAGCUGGACCGCUAUGCUGACCACCUUCUUAGAGUGUUCAAAAAGAAGGGGGGGGACAGCUAAACGCAAUAUCAACUUAAUCAUGGCAGCCAUGGAUGGGAAUCCCAGUGUUGAUGUUCGACGGGAGUGCAUUCUGAAAGCUGUCUGUGUCUACUUAAAUGAAAAGCCAGAUGACCUGUUCAAGGAAUUCUUGGAUGUGGAUCUUGGUGCAAGCAGAGAAACGGAGCAGCUGACUUUGGGAGUCUGUUGUCAGACAUGAAGGAGCAGACUCUGCAGAUACACCUGAGGACAUUGGUGUCAUCAUAGAAGGAUGCACUGUGCUGCAAGCUCUUAGUGAUGUGGCAAAGGGGUGUGCCCUCCUGCUUGGACUAAUCUACAGUCUAAAUCUGAGCUACCCAAAGCACCCGAAAUACACAUUUGAAUUUCUUCAGAAGGUGCUGAUGGAGUUGGAUGGGAACAACCUAUCCAUGAAGGUGCAGGUUCUGAAAAACAAACUGCUUGAGUGAAACAGCCUGCACUGAACUAUAGAGGACACUGAACUUUAAGGUUCUCGAACCCUUCUCCUUGCACUUCAUAAACUAUUCAGUUUGAAUUGCUGCAAGAACUUCUGCAAGCCUUUCACUUUUCUGCGUUCUUUGUUCUUGAACCUUUACCAACAUCCAACUACACUGAAAAAGACUGCUCCUAACUUUGGACUUCAGUUUAAGUUUUGAAGCAAAGGUUAUUUUUCUAAAUAUGGACAAAAAUGACACUAAAGUAAUUUCUGCCUGCUGUUUGCAGGGCUGUAUUGUGGGAUUUUCAUUGUAGCCCAGUCAAGUUUAAAAUAAGUCAUGUUAAUGUUAAAAAUGUUGGAAUCACAACACUUCCCAGUUUUAAUCAUUUAUGUAUCUUGUCUUUCUCCACUUAUAAUGCACUUGAAUAUAUGUAAAGAUUGUUUAUGAAAAAAGAUCUAAAAGCAUUUGAAUUACUCAAAGUGUUUACACACAAGUUUUACACAGUGUUAUUAAAGUUAGGUUAACUGAA